UAUUUGAUCUCACAUUAACCAAGGAGGAGAAUGUGAGAAAAGGGGGAAAAUGCCCAGGAGGAAGCAGGAGCAGCCCAAGCGCCUUCCCUCACAUGUUAGUAGGCUGGAAGAGGCGGAGGGAGAGCUCAGUGAAGGAGAGCACUGGUAUGGAAACUCUUCAGAGACUCCGUCAGAAGCAUCCUAUGGAGAAGUCCAGGAGAACUAUAAGUUGUCCCUGGAGGACCGGAUCCGGGAGCAGUCCACUUCCCCCGACACCUCCUUGGGCAGCGCGACCCCCAGCAGUCACACGUUGGAGCUGGUGGGACUUGACGGUGAGGUCCUGCGAGACUCACUGCAGUGUCAAGACCACCUCUCCCCUGGCGUGUCUUCUUUUUGUGAAGAUGACCCCCCAGGCUCCACGAAGCCCUUGAGCAGCAACCUGAGGCGGCUGCUGGAGGCCGGCUCCCUCAAACUCGAUGCCACAGCCACGGCCAAUGGCAGGGUGGAGUCCCCGGUAAACGUGGGCUCGAAUCUCUCCUUUUCCCCACCGUCCCACCAUGCCCAACAGCUCAGUGUUCUUGCCAGGAAGUUGGCUGAGAAGCAGGAACAGAAUGACCAAUACACUCCAAGUAACCGUUUUAUAUGGAAUCAAGGUAAGUGGUUGUCCAACUCAACCACCACCUGCGGCUUGUCCCCGGAUUCAGCCAUCCUAAAACUGAAAGCUGCAGCCAAUGCCGUUCUGCAGGACAAAUCUCUCACCAGGACUGAGGAGACCAUGCGAUUCGAGUCCUUUUCCUCCCCUUUUAGCUCCCAGUCUGCCAGCUCCACCUUGGCAGCCUUAUCCAAGAAAGUCAGUGAGAGAAGCUUGACUCCUGGUCAGGAGCACCCACCUCCCGCCAGCUCCUUCCUUUCCCUGGCUUCCAUGACCUCCUCGGCCGCCCUUCUGAAAGAGGUGGCCGCAAGGGCUGCGGGGAGUCUUCUGGCUGAGAAAUCGUCACUGGUGCCUGAGGACCCUCUACCGCCACCGCCUUCCGAGAAGAAGCAAGAAAAAGUCACCCCACCCCCUCCGCCACCGCCCCCACCGCCUCCGCCACCACCACCACAGUCCUUGGAGUUAUUGUUACUCCCCGUUCCUAAGGGAAGAGUUUCUAAACCCUCCAAUUCAGCCUCAGAAGAGGAAAGCGGAAAGCCUUUCCAGUGUCCGAUAUGUGGUUUGGUUAUCAAAAGGAAGAGUUACUGGAAGCGGCACAUGGUGAUCCACACAGGUUUAAAAAGUCAUCAGUGUCCACUCUGUCCAUUCCGGUGUGCUCGCAAGGACAAUCUCAAAUCCCACAUGAAGGUUCAUCAGCACCAGGACCGGGGAGAGACCUUUCAGUGCCAGCUAUGCCCUUUCACUUCCUCACGCCACUUCAGCCUGAAACUCCACAUGCGUUGCCAUCAGCAUUUCCUGAGGACAGAAGCCAAGGUGAAGGAGGAGAUCCCAGACCCAGAUGUCAAGGGAUCUCCCCACCUCAGUGACAGUGCCUGCCUGGGGCAGCAAAGGGAAGGAGGAGGGACAGAGCUAGUGGGGACCAUGAUGACGUCCAACACUCCAGAGAGGACUAGCCAGGGUGGGGCUGGCGUCUCGCCUUUGCUGGUGAAGGAGGAACCCAAGGAAGAUAACGGCCUGCCAACCUCCUUUACUCUGAAUGCUGCCGACAGGCCGGCCAACCACACAAAGCUGAAAGACCCCUCCGAGUAUGUGGCCAACAGUGCGUCAGCAUUGUUCAGCCAGGACAUCUCUGUUAAGAUGGCGUCUGAUUUUCUCAUGAAGCUGUCAGCUGCAAAUCAGAAGGAGCCCAUGAAUCUUAAUUUUAAAGUGAAAGAGGAGCCCAAGGAAGAGGAGGCCUUAAGUGCCACUUUGCCUCGGUCCAGCUACGUGUUCAGCCCGGAAUCGGAAGUGCCGGCCCCAAGCAUCUCUGAGGACACCCUUAAGCCCCAGGAAGGGAAGGGGAAUGUGCUAAGGCGGGAUAUGUCCGUCAAAGCAGCGUCUGAACUUCUCAUGAAACUAUCAGCGGAGAGCUACAAGGAGACUCAGAUGGUGAAGAUUAAAGAGGAGCCCAUGGAGGUCGACAUCCAGGACUCGCAUGUCUCGGUAUCACCCAGCCGGAAUGUUGGCUAUAGCACUUUAAUCGGGCGAGAGAAAACCGAAACCUUACAGAAGAUGCCAGAGGGCAGAGUGCCCCCAGAGAGAAACCUCUUCAGUCAGGACAUCUCUGUGAAGAUGGCUUCCGAGCUUCUCUUUCAACUGUCAGAAAAAGUGAGCAAAGAGCACAAUCACACAAAAGAAAACACCAUUCGGACAACCACCAGCCCUUUCUUUUCAGAAGAUACAUUUAGACAAUCACCAUUCACAUCCAAUUCAAAAGACCUGCUACCUAGUGAAUCUGUGCUUCACGGAAGAAUAUCAACGCCAGACACAGAAAAGAUAGUACUAGAGGCAGGAAAUGGAUUGCCAUCCUGGAAAUUCAAUGACCAGCUUUUCCCGUGUGAUGUGUGUGGGAAAGUGUUUGGCCGACAGCAGACGUUGUCUCGACAUCUCUCACUGCACACAGAGGAAAGAAAAUACAAAUGCCACUUGUGCCCCUAUGCUGCUAAGUGCCGGGCAAACCUGAACCAGCACCUGACUGUGCACUCAGUGAAGCUGGUGAGCACGGACACGGAGGACAUCGUCAGCGCUGUCACCUCUGAAGGCAGUGAUGGGAAGAAGCACCCUUAUUAUUACAGUUGUCACGUGUGUGGAUUUGAGACUGAGCUCAAUGUCCAGUUUGUCAGCCACAUGUCACUCCACGUGGACAAGGAGCAGUGGAUGUUUUCCAUCUGCUGCACGGCCUGUGACUUUGUCACCAUGGAGGAAGCAGAGAUAAAGGCUCACAUUGGCAUCAAGCACACAGGAGAAGACCGGAAGACCCCCAGUGAAUCAAACAGCCCCUCUUCCUCCUCCCUCUCAGCUCUGAGUGAUUCAGCCAACAGCAAAGAUGAUUCAGACAGCUCUCAAAAAAACAAGAAUGGGAACAACCUGCUGGUCAUCUCUGUUGUGCCUGGGAGCCAGCCCUCAGUGAAUAGUGAGGAAAAGACAGAGAAAGGGUUCGAAUGCGUUUUUUGCAACUUUGUCUGCAAGACGAAGAACAUGUUUGAGCGCCAUCUGCAGAUACACCUCAUCACCCGGAUGUUUGAGUGUGACGUGUGCCACAAGUUCAUGAAGACACCCGAACAGCUGCUGGAGCAUAAGAAAUGCCACACUGUCCCCACCGGUGGGCUCAAGUGCCCAUUCUGCAUUUAUUCCACCAACCGCCCCGCUGCCAUGGAGUGCCACCUCAAGACCCACUACAAGAUGGAGUACAAGUGCCGGAUCUGCCAGACGGUGAAGGCCAACCAGCUGGAGCUGGAGACGCACACCCGGGAGCACCGCCUGGGCAACCACUACAAGUGCGACCAGUGCGGCUACCUGUCCAAGACCGCCAACAAGCUCAUCGAGCACGUGCGCGUGCACACCGGGGAGCGGCCCUUCCACUGUGACCAGUGCAGCUACAGCUGCAAGCGCAAGGACAAUCUCAACCUGCACAAGAAGCUGAAGCACGCCCCCCGCCAGACCUUCAGCUGCGAAGAGUGCCUGUUCAAGACCACACACCCCUUCGUCUUCAGCCGCCACGUCAAGAAGCACCAGAGUGGGGACUGUCCCGAGGAGGACAAGAAGGGUCUGGGCCCCGCCCCCAAGGAACCAGCCGGCCCCGGGGCCCCGCUGCUCGUCGUCGGGAGCCCCCGGAAUCUCCUGUCUCCCCUGUCGGUCAUGUCCGCCUCCCAGGCUCUGCAGACCGUGGCCCUGUCGGCCGCGCACAGUAGCAGCUCCGAGCCCAACCUGGCACUCAAGGCUUUGGCCUUCAACGGCUCCCCUUUGCGCUUUGACAAGUACCGGAACUCGGAUUUUGCCCAUCUCAUUCCCUUGACAAUGUUGUACCCCAAGAACCACUUGGAUCUCACAUUCCACCCUCCCCGACCUCAGACUGCGCCUCCCAGCAUCCCCUCACCCAAACACUCCUUCCUCGCCUAUCUUGGACUGCGAGAACGAGCAGAGACUGUCUGAGGGCAGCCGUGUUCUGUACCAAAAACAAAGAGACAAAGACAAAACAAAAAACAAAAACCCACAAAACUUAAACACAACCCCAGCAGGUGUAUGUUGCUGCAAAACCUACAGGCCCCUGGGUCUGAACCACGUGUACUGUAUAUCUUUAGUAAGGAAUAGAGGAUUGGCUCUGUGUGGACACCCUAUUGCAUUGACCUGAAAGCUGCUUUAUCCAAUCUUCAGAGAGGUGACCUACUGCAUACGUCUACCUUCAGAGGCAUGCCUCCCCAGCUCCCCACUCCCACUCUCGGCCCUUCUCCGUACUUUGCUCUGAGAGGAAUUUUGUCUUGUUAAGCCCUAAAGAGAGUGUCCUUAAUAGCAAUCAGCACUUGUACGCUUAUGCACUGGUGCAUUUGGUUUUUCUGUUGGGUGAAUGGGGUGUGUGGGUGUUGUGGAUUCCGAAAGAGAAAGCCGUGUGUCGUGUGCCAUGCCAUUUCUGUCGCCCAUUUCUUCGUACUGGCUUCUUUAACAGCGAUGAACGUUCUUUUCCCUCCAGGGUUGUUCAUCCGUACAGUCUCUCCCUGAGCUCCUUCAUCAACUUUCCCUCUCGAUUUUAUGGCUACAGAGUGGUAGGGCCUGGUGCUUGAGUCGAUGAAGGACUGGUAGACACCCACAGUGCUGCUGGAGAUUUCCGACCGGGUGCCAGAGACCUCGUGCUCAGAUCUUUUCGGUUAUGAAGAUGUGAGAACUGAGAGUCCACUCCAGAAGAAAUAUCUUGCAGCACUGCAGCCAAUAUCACAAAACUUAAGUGUGUUUUGUGUGUGUGUGUGUGUGUGUGUGUGUGUCUCCAUACGUAUACAAUGUGUAUGGUGCACACACACAGUGCAUCAUUUUUUAAGGGCAG